CCUGGCCCUGCCGCUCCGCAUGGGCACCGCGGGCUGUGUUGUGCAGCCCCGGGUCGGCAAGGGCGGCCUGUCGAAGGGCGCCGUCCAUAGGGUUGAGGCCAGAGACGGUCAGCUUCUGGGCUCCGAGAUUUGGUGUGGAGGCUUGGGGACUGGAGUGCGUCAUCAGGGAGCAGGCACCUCAGCCGGCAGCUUCGAGGCAGAGUCACAGUGGCAGCUUUGAGAGUUGGACACCAGGUCCCUGAAGUGAUUUCUAGGCUCCAGCCCCAAACUCGCCACCAUUCUGUGCUGCGGGGACACCAUGGCUCCAGAAGAGGACGCUGGAGGGGAGGCCUUAGGGGGCAGUUUCUGGGAGGCCGGCAACUACAGGCGGACGGUGCAGCGGGUGGAGGACGGGCACCGGCUGUGCGGGGACCUGGUCAGCUGCUUCCAGGAACGCGCUCGUAUCGAGAAGGCCUAUGCCCAGCAGCUGGCCGACUGGGCCCGCAAAUGGAGGGGCGCUGUGGAGAAGGGCCCCCAGUACGGCACCCUGGAGAAGGCUUGGCACGCUUUCUUCACGGCUGCUGAGCGGCUGAGUGCGCUGCACCUGGAGGUGCGGGAGAAACUUCAGGGGCAGGACAGUGAGCGGGUACGUGCCUGGCAGCGGGGGGCCUUCCACCGGCCGGUGCUGGGUGGCUUCCGCGAGAGCCGGGCUGCUGAGGAUGGCUUCCGCAAGGCCCAGAAGCCCUGGCUUAAGAGGCUGAAGGAGGUUGAAGCUUCCAAGAAGAGCUACCAUGCAGCCCGGAAGGACGAGAAGACAGCCCAGACUCGGGAGAGCCAUGCAAAGGCAGACAGUGCCGUGUCCCAGGAGCAGCUGCGCAAACUGCAGGAGCGGGUGGGACGCUGUACCAAGGAGGCCGAGAAGACAAAAACGCAGUAUGAGCAGACCUUGACAGAGCUGCAUCGCUACACCCCACGCUACAUGGAGGACAUGGAGCAGGCCUUUGAGACCUGCCAGGCUGCUGAGCGCCAGCGGCUUCUCUUCUUCAAAGAUAUGCUGCUCACCUUACACCAGCAUCUUGACCUGUCUAGCAGUGACAAGUUCCAUGAACUCCACCGCGACUUGCACCAGAGUAUUGAGGCAACCAGUGAUGAAGAAGAUCUGCGCUGGUGGCGCAGCACCCACGGGCCGGGCAUGGCCAUGAACUGGCCACAGUUUGAGGAGUGGUCCUUGGACACACAGAGGACAAUCAGUCGGAAGGAGAAGGGUGGCCGGAGCCCUGAUGAGGUUACUCUGACCAGCAUCGUGCCCACAGGAGAUGGCACUGCACCCCCACCCCAGUCCCUGGGGUCCCCAGGCAGCGGGCAGGAUGAGGAGUGGUCAGAUGAGGAGUGUCCACGGAAGGCUGCCACUGGGGUGCGGGUGCGUGCACUGUAUGACUACGCGGGCCAGGAAGCCGAUGAGCUGAGCUUCCGAGCAGGGGAGGAGCUGCUGAAGAUGAGCGAGGAGGAUGAGCAGGGCUGGUGCCAGGGCCAGUUGCAGAGUGGCCGCAUUGGCCUGUACCCUGCCAAUUAUGUGGAGUGUGUGGGCGCCUGAGUGCCCUGAAGCCCUUCUGCAACUUUUCUCCACCCUGGGUCAGAGCCCAGCUUCUCCUGGACAGCCAGACCUGAAGGCCCUGAACCAUCGUGCCCCUGCUGCCCCUCUGUCCCAAGGAGAGAGGAAGUCCUGGGACCCUGGGGGGAAGGGCCUGUGUCUAGGAAGAGACUGGUAGAGAAGGGCCACCGGAGUCUAGACAGAAUGCAGGAUGGGAGGUUGGAGGUGACAGAGGGUUCAGGGUUCCUGGGCCUCCCCAGGAGCACUUGGGGCUUCCCAGGAGCCAGGGACUCAGUUCCUGGCUUCUGUUUUGGGGUUCAUGUGAUGGGCUUGGGGUGAGUGUAGUUCUGGGCUAGCAGCACCCUCUUUUGUGGCUUGUUCUAGUGUGUAUUAAACUUGACCAAAAAAAAAAAA